AGGAGGAGGCGGAGGAGGCGGUGGCCGUCCCCGGCCGCUCCUCCCGCUCCGACGCUUGGGACGCUCUGCAGAUGGCCAGCCCGGCCCCGGCGCUUGCCCAGCCGCCGCAGCCGCAGCCACAGCCGCAGCCCGCCUUGGCCGAAGCCCGGCGUUGGAUCGAGCAAGUCACCGGAAAAACUUUCGGCGAUAAACAUUUUCGAUCAGGAUUAGAAAAUGGCGUGCUGCUGUGUGAGUUGUUGAACUCUAUAUUGCCCGGUUUGGUCACAAAGAUCAACAGAUCGCCAACUCCCAUUGCAGGACUGGACAACAUUGCCUUGUUCUUGAGAGGUUGUAGGGAAGUGGGUCUGAAAGAAUCUCAGCUGUUCGAUCCAGGAGAUCUGCAGGAGACCACAAGCCGAACAACGAUCAAGAAUCUUGAUGGUAGCAGAAAGCUGAAAAAUGUUUUAGUCACCAUCUAUUGGCUGGGGAAAACUGCAAACAACAGCACUCACUUUAAUGGACCGCCACUGAAUCUGAAAGAAUUCGAAGGAUUGUUAACCCAGAUGAGAAAGGACACGGAAGACAUUGAGAGCCCGAAGCGCAGCAUCCGCGACAGCGGCUAUGUAGAUUGCUGGGAUUCAGAGCGCAGCGAUUCUCUCUCCCCUCCGCGUCAUGGCAGAGAUGAUUCCUUCGACAGUCUGGAUUCCUUCGGGUCCCGUUCCCAGCAGACCCCUUCUCCAGAUGUGGUGCUGAGAGGGAGUAGUGAUGGAAGAGGAAGCGAUUCGGAGAAUGACCUUCCACAUCGAAAGCUGCCAGAUGUGAAGAAGGAUGAUAUGUCGGCCAGGCGGACCUCUUACAGUGAACCCAAAUCAGUCGUGCCUUUUAACCAAUACCUUCCCAAUAAAAAUAACCAGACUGCCUAUAUCCCGGCUCCACUCAGGAAGAAGAAAGCCGAACGGGAUGACUUCCGGAAGAGUUGGAGCACAAUGUCAUCUCCACUAGGAGGAGAGAAACCUUUCAGCAAACAGCAUCCUGAAACCAUAGAAGAGGAACCCCUGGUGACACUCAAUGGGGACCUGGUGAGCAGCAAGAUGGCCUCUGCCUCCCCCUCCGUGAAGCCCGUGCGGACAGACGUGGGUCCAAAGAACGCUUGGCCUCAGUUUCCCGCCCGUUCUGGUAACCAAACAGCUGCGCCCCCAAAUGAGAAAAAAGGUCCCGAGGAAAUCAGGAAGCUGAGAAGGUUGGAACAGGCUGGUAUUCAGGUCAGGCCAGCAGCUCACCGCUGUGGCAGCAGUCUGAAGCCCUUGGGCCAAGGGGGUGAGCUCACUCCGGACAUCGUCCUCCGCAAAGAAAACCCUUUUCUGUGGUCCUUUCCGCAAAACGAUGCGGGCUCUGAAGAGGAUGAAGACGGUAGAAUUCCCGACCUAGAGAGAGACGAUUUUGCCCUACGGAGAGCGAGGCUCAACCGCCGUGAAGCUGCCUUGCCCUUUACUCACUUCCUCCUUCCUCCUUCCACCAAGAAAGAUUGGAAUCGAAGGGAAGAAAAAAAGACACAGACAAAAAACCGGGAGUGUCCCAGUGGGGAAAAGAUACCCAUGACUUCAGCCAAGCCAGAAGACCAACCAUCCUUGCGGGAAGAAGGCAAAGCAAAAAUUCCUGAGACACGGAAGCAUGGCCUGGCUAAGAAACCAACUCGGGCUAGUCCUUCCCAAGCAGACUUCCUGAGUUGUGUGAAAGCAUCUAUCACCCCAAAAGAUAAAGAGAUCUGGGAGCGGCUGAAAGUUUCUGGGGAAACGAGCGAAAUAACGUUGCCUGAUUCAGGUGGGUAUAGGUCAUCAGUCCGGGAUGUUUGCGCCGAUGCCCAGGGGCAGCGGUCCAGCGAGUGGCAAGAAAAUAGCGAAGAAGAAUUGGAUGACCGCUUCCCAGACCUUGAAAGAGAUGAUAUGAUGGUUAGAAGAUUCAGGAUUUGUCCUAAAUCGAUUAGCCCUCUUCAACCGGCUAACCUUUUAGCCAUUCGUAACCCUCCAUUGAAGCGCCAAAGAAAUGUGGUUGGCCAGAGAGAGCCGAAACUUCAGCCAAAAGCAGAAAAACCAGAAAGCGCCCUCGCGACAGAUUCAGUGGGAGCUGAACCGGUAUGUGGGGAGAUCUCUCCAAGCCUUGCGACGCAGGCCGCGUUCACAUCAGAACACAGUCAACGUAGCGUUGCAGGUUCAGCACAAGAGGACAUACGUUCCGCUAUGGACAAGAAUAUAUCGGGGCUCCGUGUAAUCCAACGUGCGAUGCGGAAACAUCUGGAAAUAAAUAGCAAACAACUUGCCACCCGAAAAGCUGAUCCUUUGCAAACAUCCGGCUGCAGAACCCCUGUCUCUGAUGAUGCAGAUAUUUCAGAAAUCAAAACUCGAGGGGCACUUGCAACUCAACCCCAGUUCCACAUCCCAAGAGAGAGGCGUGAAAGAGAACUUCACGAAGCUUACAAGAAUGCCAGGUCUCAGGAAGAGGCAGACAGGAUACUCCAACAUUACAUCGAGAGGUUCACCAUUAGCGAAGCUGUCCUUGAACGCUUGGAGAUGCCAAAACUUUUGGAAAGAAGCCAUUCUGCUGAGCCAAAUUCAUCCUCCCCAUCCAAGGACUCCAACCCUCUCCGAUAUUUACGGCAGCAGUCACUCCCAGCCCCAAAAUUCACUGCCAAGUUCGAAGCCACCAUCAUCCCCACCAGUGGGCCAGAGGCUAGCACCUCCACUGGCUCCCCCGCCUCAAGCAAACCCUCAGGCUCCGUGGCUAUGCCUCUGGUGACGCCCAAGCCUUACUCGCAGCCGAAAGAUACCCAGGAGAUUUUGAGAAACUUCAAGGUGGAUGGAAAGAUCUCUGUGAACAGAGAAGCGAGCAACGGAGUGGAAGACGAACCCGACAAGGAAUGCUCGGCGUUUCUGUUUGAACCUUCCCCCAACCUUUCAACUAAGUCUGAGCACGUGGUCGAAUCACACGGGAGAUCUAUGGAAGGAAGCACAGAUUCUACCCCUCCCGAGCUGGUUCAGAAGAGCUUAAUCGAAGACAAUGUACACAGAGAGCAAAUUGACUCCUUCGCGGAAGAAGCUGAACCAGCCAGCCGAAAAGAUAGAACUGAUCUAGAGGAGACCUUUCUGGAUCCAGCCCACACAGAAUCCAGCAUGUUGUUUUCCUGUGCCAACCUCCUGCCGGCCAGCCUGGAGAGGUCUUCCUUCCACAAUCAUUCCAACGAAACAGAGUCACACCCUGAGCUGAAUUCAACUCAAGAAGCAGAAACCCUUGAAAGAGGAGAACAUAAGGGUACAGAAGCUCCGGUUAGUCAAAAGGUUCAGAUAGAGACCUUGGAGGCUCUAAAACAAGGUGAAGACCUACCUUUUUCUCUUCUGAGGAAGUUCCCGGAGACAAGCCAAGGGGUUUUGCAGGACCCUCCCCUACAAGAUCAAAAAGCCGCCGCCACCGAGAACAGGGACCCAACAAACUGUUCGACGUGCUGGGCUUGGGAUCCGGAAGAAGAACGCAGGCGCCAGGAACGGUGGCAGCAAGAACAGGAACGCUUACUCCAGGAAAAGUAUCAGAAAGAGCAGGAGAAGUUGAAGAAGGAGUGGGAAAAGGCGCAGAAGGAAGUUGAAGAAGAGGGACGCAAAUAUUAUGAAGAGGAACGCAAGAUCCUGGAAGAUACUGUGGUGCCAUUCAUGCUGGCUUCAAGCUCUGCAGAACCCCUGUCUACGUCAUCUUCUCUGACUGAUGGAAACAGGACUAUGAAUUUGAUUGAUCUAAGUUACUCGGAAGACGAUAAGAAGGCAAACGAAGACGCGAAACUGAAGAUGUUAUUCUAUGAGCAAGAUAAUGCAAAACAUAUGGAAUAUCAACUACGAGAAGAGAAUGCGAGCGCUGUGAAUAAGGAAGAAUAUCCUGAAGGUCUGAAUUGGAGACAGAAGGAGCAAAUUCCCACCCCAGGAGACAGAUUGCCCAAGAACAUGUCUUUGCCAUUAUGUCCAGAUGUCCUGUGGAGCCAGCCACGACCAGCAAGCCCUUGCAUUUCAGACACCAGACAAAAAGAUUCACAGCCGGCAUAUAAUUUAGGCCAGCCGGUCAGUUCCCCAAAAGAAGUUAAGAGGGCAGUUUCCCAAGGCAGCUCCAGAACUGGUCCAUCGUCCCCACGUUCUCCCACGGUCCAAAGCCAAUCGUCUAACAGGUCCAUCAGUGGGAAGAAGCUCUGCUCCAGCUGUGGACUCCCCCUCGGAAAAGGAGCCGCCAUGAUUAUUGAAAGCCUUGGUCUUUAUUUCCAUAUUCAGUGCUUCAGGUGUGGAAUUUGUAAGGGACAACUUGGGGACGCAGCAACUGGAACGGACGUCCGGAUCAAAAACAGCCUUCUCACCUGCAGUGAUUGUUACAUCAAAUCCAGAACUGCUGGCCAGCCAACCACUUUGUGACCCAGUUCUCGGUCCUUCAUAAGAUGUUCUCCACGGAGGACCAUCAUCCUUUGUGUCCCAAGGCUGUUUGCCACAAUGGCGUGUAAGAGCUCAAAUCCAUGGACUCCGUAGCUCUCGGACUCACUCUUUAACCUAGAGUGGGUCGAAAAGGCCUCUUUCCUCACGUGAUCCAUCCUUUGAUUUCCUGCGUUCACGUACGUUACAUGUAUGAAGUCUGCGGCUGCACGGUUAAGCACUUUUCCCUCCCAGCCAAGCACCUUCCAAAGUAUCGGCUCACGCUCGAUUUUCAAAAUCCGAUAUUUUGAAAGGAAAGAAGAGGCCCUAAGCUCCUGCAUAUUUUUUUUUUUCAUUUCCUAGAAGCAGAGAAUUUGAAGUUAAUGCAAACUUUGUAGAUGUUCUCUUAAUAUGCCAAUGUAUUCCUUUCAUUAACUGAGUUCGCCGGAAACGGUUGAGCAGCAGCAUAGAAAUCAAAUUCUCUGUUUAUUACUAAAGAGGUAACUUUUUUUAUACAGACUAGUUUGAUAAAACACAUUGUAAUUCUGAAACCUUUUACUAAAUAUUGCCUUCCGCGGAGGGUAGGGAAUUCUCUCAAUAAAUUAUUGCUCCUUCAGUCAUGCAGUCGUUGAAAAACCUAAAACCAGGGUUCUUGUAGUAACAGAUCAUCUACGUAUAAUGUUGGCAUUUUCACAAAAGCAACCUAUAAACGGUUCUCCAAAUAUCUAACGGAUGACACCUGUUUUUUAUUCAGCUGACUUUUGCUAACUGUUUCGGGGUUUAAAACUAAGAUAAAACUCUUGUGUUUUAUUUUUACCGGG